GGUGACGUUUUCUUUGACCGCCAAAGAAGACAAAAACGAGUCUUGAAGAAAUCACGAAGAAGAAGAAACGAACGAAUCAUUUUUUUUUUCUCUGUUUGUCUGCACUGAUCGCGUCGGAGAGAAGAAGAAGAAUCUCUCUCUCUCUCUUAGGUGUCGAUUUCUUUUCUUCCACGAUUUCUCUCUCCCUCUCGCUUUGGCUGAUUGAAUCCCCGAAAUUGAAAUUGAGCUUUCGAAGUCAAGCAAACGAAUCGAGUGUAUCUGUCUCUCUUAGGUUUCUGAUUUUUUUUUGGUUCUAUUUAAUAUUAAGAAUCCAAACACCAUGGAUGAGCACAGUAGAAACCCAUUUGCAAGUGCAAGUGGAAGAGCAGGGGGAAGUACAAGUGCGAGCUCGAACUCGAGUUUUAGUAGCAGUGUGGCGGAUACAGAUGAUGAUCAAACCAUUGCACGUAUACUAGCAGAAGAUGAGGGCUCAAGAAGAGAAGGCAUGCUUGGGAAGAGACUGUCUCAUUUGGAUUCAAUCCCACACACUCCUCGGGUUAACAUGAUAGUACCCGAUAUAAAUGAUGCAACAUUAGACCAUGAGCUGCUUUCUGUGAGGUUGGCCACAUAUGGGUUAUCUGAAUUACAAAUGGAAGGAGAUGGAAAUUGCCAGUUCCGAGCUUUAGCAGACCAGCUUUUCCGCAAUCCAGAUUACCAUAAACAUGUAAGGAAGCAUGUUGUAAAGCAGUUGAAACAGCAACGCAAGUUAUACGAAGGAUAUGUGCCAAUGAAAUACAGACAUUACACGAGGAAGAUGAAAAAACUAGGUGAAUGGGGAGAUCACCUUACUCUACAAGCUGCGGCAGAUCGUUUCGAAGCCAAGAUCUGCUUAGUCACAUCCUUUCGGGAACAAUCCUACAUCGAGAUACAACCUCAUAACAAGAACCCUCGUAGAGAGGCGUGGCUUAGCUUCUGGAGCGAAGUGCAUUACAAUUCUCUAUACUCUAGUGGAGGUAAACAUCAAUGUUCCAACAAGAAAGCCAAGAAGGAAGCAUUGGCUCUUCUAGGAUUGGAUUUUGAGGUUCAUCUCCUUAUGUAUGUAUAGUGUCUGUAUCUUCUUCCUCAAGAGUGUGUGCGAACUUUGCGAUAACUUCACUUUUGUUAUCAUCAUUGGUUCUCUCUCUCUCAACACUUUCGUUGAGUAAACGUAGAUAUGUUUAUUUAAAUAUGUGAUCAUUUUUAUUUAACAUUUCAUAACGAAAAUACAAGUAACAGCAGCAAACAAUAUUUAUAGUUUAAAGAAGUGGACCAUAAUGAGAUCGAUUUGAAC